UGUACCUUCCAAUUUUAACGGUCAAUAACUGUCAAUACAUGGCCAUGUCUGUUUCUCCCUUAAAGCCCAGCCCUAUUCCAAUCCCAAUCUUUGUGAUGCCCUAAUUAAUUAACAUGGCGAAGGCAGUGAUCUAUGCCCUUGUGGCAGCUGCCUUCGUCCUCCUCAUCACCUUAGGCCCUUCCGAACACCGCCACAACAGCAGUGGCGGUGGCCAUAGCCAUUUUGGCCGCGUAAAUCGUCGAUUCGGGAACAGAUCCCGGGCCUUGGUCUUUGACCCUCUUGUUGCUAAAAUUGAAAGAUACUCGGAGGGAAAAGGAUCAUCAAAUCAUGAGGAUGGUGUUGAUGAUGAUGAAGUGGAACAAUACAUUGGCUCAGAAGGAACGUUGAACAUAACGUUGAGGCUAAUGAUAGUGUUCCCUAUGUUGGACAAAUCACCAAAAGAUGGGUUCAUUAAUUCUUUAGAGCUAAAUAAUUGGGUUAGAAAUAUGGCCGUGGAGAGACUCAAUCAGAGGACUAAAAAAGAAAUGAUUUCACAUGAUCAGAAUCAUGAUGGUUCCAUUUCUUUCCUUGAGUACCUCCCUCAAUUUUCAGAUGAAGAUAUAGAGAAAAAUGAGAUGGGGCAUGGAGAAGCUGGAUGGUGGAAACAACAGUUCAUCAAUGCUGACAUUGAUCAUAAUGGAACCCUUUCAUUAAAUGAAUUCAAAGAUUUGUUGCACCCAGAAGAUAGUGACAAUGAAGAAAUUAAAAAAUGGCUGUUGAAAGAAAAACUAGAGGUAAUGGACUCUGACAAAGAUGGUAAACUGAAUUUCAUGGAAUUUUGUGAGCAUGCUUAUGAAAUCUACAAGAAUUAUGUGGAAUAUGAAACUUCUUGGCUUCAAGUAUCCUCAGCUGAAGAGAAGUUUGCAGAGCUUGACAUCAACAAAGACAAGUUUUUGGGAGUUGAAGAAUUGAUUCCCAUACUCAGUUAUCUUCAUCCUGGAGAACUCUCCUAUGCUAAAUAUUAUGCUGGUUACUUAAUGAAGGAGGCUGAUGAUAACAAGGAUGGAAAAUUGACACUUGAAGAGAUGUUGAACCACGAGUCUAUAUUUUACAGCACUGUUUAUAAUGAUGAUACUUAUGAAGAUUUUGAGGAUGAUUUCCAUGAUGAACUAUAACUAUAAAAUUCAUAUAUAUUACUUCAUAUUCAUGUAAUUAAUUAAUUUAAUAUAUGUAGAUACUUACUUUUUUUUUAUCAUCUUGCUCUUCUAAACUCUCUCACUCUCUCUAUAUAUAUAUACACUACACUACAUUACUAGAGAUAUAAAUGUUGAGCUAUAUUAAUUUUAUAUAAAAAAUAGUUUUGUGAUAUUUUUACAUUAA